AUGACCGUCAACAACUUCACCAAGAAACACAAGGUUACCGUUAUCGGUUCCGGUAACUGGGGCACCACUGUGGCCAAGCUCGUCGCCGAGAACUGCGCGGAGCACCCCGAUACCUUCGAGAAGGAUGUUCAGAUGUGGGUUUACGAGGAGAACGUGACCCUCCCCAAGGACUCCAGGCACUUCGAUGCCUCGAUCGGCGAGCAACCGCAGAAGCUCACCCACAUCAUCAACACAUACCACGAGAACGUCAAGUACCUCCCCGGCAUCCCGUUGCCUCACAACAUUGUCGCCAACCCUUCGUUGGUAGACGCCGUCAAGGACUCGAGCAUCCUCAUCUUCAACCUUCCCCACGAGUUCAUUGGCAACAUCUGCAGACAGAUCAAGGACCACAUUGCGCCCUAUGCUCGCGGUAUCAGCUGCAUCAAGGGUGUCUCGGUCACCGACGACAAGAUCGAGCUUAUUUGCAACUACAUCAGCGAGAACCUCAACAUCUACUGUGGUGCCCUCAGCGGUGCCAACAUUGCCAGCGAGAUUGCCAACGAGGAGUGGUGCGAGACCACCAUUGCCUACAAUACCCCCGUUGUUGACAGACGCGACGAGAACGGCAGGCCAGUUGCCAACGGCGAGUCCAACGGCAACGACGUUGCCAAUGGCCACUCCAAGCAGCUCACCCCUCUGCCGCUCGACUACCCUCCUCUGGACCACGAUGAGUGGGCCCUGCUCUUCAGCCGCCCCUACUUCACCGUCUCCAUGGUGUCGGACAUUGUCGGUGUCUCGCUGGCUGGUGCUCUCAAGAACAUUGUCGCCAUUGCUUGUGGCUACGUCGAGGGCCACGGCUGGAACAUGACUGCUAAGACCGCUGUCAUGCGUCGCGGUAUGCAGGAGACCAUUCGUUUCGCCAACGAGUUCUUCCCCGGCCAGAUCGAGCCCAGUACUUUUUGGGAGGAAAGUGCCGGCUGGGGUGACAUGAUUGUGAGCUGCACCUCUGCCCGCAACUGGAGGUGCUCCAAGUUGGCCGUGGAACGCAACCUGCCCAUUGAAGAGGUUGAGAAGACGGAGCUCAACGGCCAGAAGCUCCAGGGUAUCUCCACCACCCGCGAGGUGUGCAGCUUCCUCCGUGCCAAGGGAGCCGAGGAGCGCUACCCCGUCUUCAUGGCUGUUGAGCGUAUCAUCAACCAGGAGAUCAAGGUCGAGGAGAUUCCCAAGCUCUUCAAGUAG